AUGGACGGCAGCGACGGGGAACUCGGGGAGGAUCACUACCCAUGGUCAGCACUAGCAGCAUCACGUGGUGUCAGCACCCCGAGCCCGAAACAACACCAGGGGCCCUUCCCCACUAGUCCGAGCUCCCUGACGGUUGAUGGCAGUCCCAAGGGCUCAGAGUCGGACGGGGAAACAGAGAGCUACGGUGCACAAUUCCUCGACGGUCACCCCGGCUCUGCACGGGAUUCCACGUUCCCAGGUGCCGAUUCAACGGUCCCCAGACACUUCUCACGCCCUCCGCCGCCGCCACCCCUGACGCCACCGACUCUCAGCGCUGGUGCGUUCCCGUUCGAGGACCGCCGCCCGGGCUAUGCCACCUCGGUCCCGCCAGCCCUCGACAUGAGCUUCAUCCACCAACCCAACCCAGACUAUGGCGCCUCGGCCACAUCCACUGACGCGCUCAGCUCAAGUGCGCAGACAGCCCUCCCUCGCCGUAGGUCUUAUACCAGGAGCAUUCCCAUUGGCAUCCCCACCGCUAGCACUCCCGCCUCCUCGUCCAUCACAGAGACAGACACGAGUACCGCUUCCGGGAGGAGCACGCUCCACAACUCCUUCGCCCCGUCAAGCCACCCCCAGGCCUCCUUCUUCCUCCCUCCCCCACCGCCAGGGCACUACGACAACGUUCCGCCAUCCGCCCCGCCAGAGUACGAGUUUGUCGGCGGCCCCGGCGGUCCCGGCGUGGAGAUCGAUGUCCAGGGGGAGAUCAUCUCGGUCGUCGACGACGCCGGCCACGGGUGGACGCGCCACACCCGCGUGUACGGCGGCGGCGUGUGCCUCGCGUGUCUGGCGGCGGCCGAGCGGCACGGCCCCGGCCAGGGCGGCUUCUAUGGGGAUAAGGUCCCGCUGGAGGAUCGGAGAGAUAUACAUAUGCAUAGGUGUGAGUUUGCCGUGCGAGAGAAUGGAGGGGAGCUGGGUGACCGGGCAAAGGGUGCCUAAGGUAAAAGGUACUUAGGGCGUUAGGCGGGGGGUGGUUGUGAACAUAGUAGGUAGGUAGGCAACCCUUCGCUAGAACGUAUACCAGGUACCGUAUGAGAACGCCGGUUAGGUAGUGGAACUGCGCUGCGCCGCCGCAGGUGCUUUACAUCCCCACACACGUUCCAUGUGUCCUCCCGAAAGGGCCGUGUCAAUGUAUGUACGGGACAGAGGAAAGGGGCGCCGUGCUUCGAUGAUUUCAGUUUCUAGG